AUACUGAACGAAACGGUACAACUCUAACUGACACAACCAACGAAGAGCAGCAACAACAAUCAAAGGAGAGAAGAAGAAGCAAGCAAAAGAAAAGCCAACGAAAACUAACUGCGAAAAUUUUUAGUGCUUUCGUGCGCCACGAGAUUCUUCCAAAGCACUGCACAAAUAUUGUAUAAAUGCUUAUAAAUGUGAGCGCAAAGGAUCAAAAACGACAAAUAGUUGAUGUGUGAGUGUGUGUGUGUAGAAAAAGCAAACGAAUUCCAGUUUUAGUUCCUCAAUAGUGCAACGCAACCAACUUCAAAAGAGAGCCAGAGUGCGAGAGCGUGAGAGCGAGAGCGAGCCGUAACUCACUUUGCUUUUGGGAUUUUGCUUUGCUUUUCGUUUUACAAAAAUAAAUUUAUAGACGAAACCAAAUUGAUAGUCGGCAGCAAACAUGUCCUGGACGGAGAAAGUAGAUCCGGAGUUGAUCUUCACGAAGCAGGAGCGCAUUGGCAAGGGCUCCUUUGGGGAGGUCUUCAAAGGCAUCGAUAACCGCACGCAGCAGGUGGUGGCCAUCAAAAUAAUCGAUUUGGAGGAGGCCGAGGAUGAGAUCGAUGACAUCCAGCAGGAAAUCAUGGUGCUCUCCCAGUGCGAUUCACCGUAUGUGACCAAAUACUAUGGUUCAUUCUUGAAGGGCACCAAGCUAUGGAUCAUUAUGGAGUAUCUGGGCGGUGGCUCUGCCUUGGAUCUGAUGAAGGCGGGCUCCUUUGAGGAGAUGCACAUUGGCAUCAUAUUGCGCGAGGUACUCAAGGGACUCGACUACUUGCACUCGGAGCGUAAGCUGCAUCGGGACAUCAAGGCGGCCAAUGUCCUGCUCAGCGAACUGGGCGACGUCAAGCUGGCGGAUUUCGGUGUGGCCGGACAAUUGACCAAUACGACAUCCAAGCGGAACACAUUUGUGGGCACACCGUUCUGGAUGGCACCGGAGGUGAUCAAGCAGUCACAGUACGAUUCCAAGGCGGACAUCUGGUCGCUCGGAAUUACAGCCAUCGAGUUGGCCAAAGGUGAACCGCCCAAUUCGGAGUUGCAUCCGAUGCGUGUCCUGUUCCUCAUACCCAAGAACAAUCCACCCCAGUUGACGGGCAAUUACACAAAGUCGUUCAAGGACUUUGUCGAGGCGUGCCUCAACAAGGAUCCAGAGAAUCGGCCCACAGCCAAGGAGCUGCUCAAGUAUCCGUUCAUCAAGAAGGCCAAGAAGAAUGCUUACCUUAUUGAUCUGAUCGAUCGCUUCAAGAAAUGGAAACUCUCCAAGGGAGACGAAAGCGAAACGGAAUCCGAGAACUCGGACUCGGAUUCAGAUGCCAAGCAGAGCGGCGGUGGCAACAGUCACGACGAGCCCUGGAUCAUGACCGUCAAGGGACUGCACAUCAAUAGCGCACCACGUGCCGGCGUCAACAGCUUCCAGCUGCAGGAGCACGAGCUGACCAUGCAGAAACUAAUGGCGACCACACACUCGCCCUCAUCCUCGGGUGGCAGCAACAGUGGGAACAGUGGCAACACUCCCACCGCCUCGGGCAGCAACAGCAGCAACAGUAUUGGCGCCGGAGUUAAGGCCACGGCUGCCACGACUGGAGCGGCAGCAGCUUGCAGCGAUUCAUCCGUGAUUUCCAGCAGCAACAGCAACAAUAAUAAUAACAACAACAACAGCAACAACAACAACUUGAGCAGCAAGCAUGCCACAACAACAACAACCAUGUUGAAUGCACCGCUGAGCGGUGGAGCAGUCACUGGCAACAGCACAGCCGCUGGCGGAGGAGCAGGUGGUGCCGGCAAGCUGCUUCCAGUGAGCACAUCCUCAUCGGCCAAUGAGUUGAUGCAGAAGCGUGCCAGCUCCAAGCCAGAAUUGCGUCAGUCGCGUUCCGUUGCCACAUUGGAUCAGGUGGAGGAGCGUCGAGCCUCCUUGGGGCUGCCCUUGAGCCUGGACCAUCAUCAUCAUCAUCAGCAGCAGCAGCAGCAACAUCAUCAGAACCAACAACAGCAACGUCGCAGCAGCAAUCGUGAAUCAUUCCAUGCAUCAACCGCCAACAAUGUGAGCAACAACAGCAGCGGGAUUAAUCCUUCAGCUGAACACAACGAUUCCUCGGCUUCCAAUCCAUCCAAUCAUGGUGGUAAACUGACAACUGGCCAGCUUCAGCAGCAGCAGCAUCCACAUCAGCAUCCGCAUCCGCAUCAGGGACAGCAUCAAGGACAGCAUCAGGGACAGCGAUUGGUGCAUCAUACGAACAGUGCUUGCCUCAACAAUGUCCUCUUCCCUGUGCUGAACGAUAUACAGCGCAAGUACAACAGUAGCAGCAAGAAUUUGCAGGGUAUGCACGGCGUCGGUGUUGGCAGUGAUAUUGGCGAUCUAAAAUCCGUAUUCGAGCUGGCCGAACGCUCCAGUCCGGGUGUUAGUGAUUUGUUUAUGAAGGAGCUGAUUCACAUGCUUGUGCCGGGUUAUUCGGAGACGCGUAUUAAUAAUAUAAUGGAACGCGCCAUACGCAAUCGUAAAUAGGCAACCAAAUUCCAAAACAAAACAAAACACAAGAAAAACAAAAA